AUGAAUAAAAAGUAUAAAGAUAUCAGUACAUAUUUCGUAACAAACAAGAGACCUGGGGGUGAUACAGAUGAAAAUGUCUCACAACCACCAACACCAGAUAAUUUCUAUAAUUCCGGCAACGACGAAGACGAACUCGAAAUUCAUAAGAAUAAAGAAGGUUCAGUCACUACUCCUGCAUCACCUGUUAACCAAAAUUAUAAUACAGCUGCUAAUUUACUUGUCAACGACGAUGAGAUUGGAUUAUAUGUUUCAAAACAAUUAGCUGCAAAGGAUUUUUCAUUAUUGAAUCGGCUCUUAACUAAACCAUCGACUCCACCAUCAAACUAUGUUUUUACAAAAGUCGAACAAGGUGGAAAAAAUCGAUCAGUUUGCCAACAUUCCUGGUUGGCCAAGUACUCUUGGUUAACGUAUUCGGAAAUGCAUAAAGGUGUUUAUUGUCGACACUGUGUUUUAUUUUCAAGACAAGGAGCAUACCAGACUCGGACAACUCAUUAA